CAUUCAUCCGAAAACAUAGAAAUAAAUCUGAGGCAGCUUUUCAAAAUGUCACAUGCAAAAUGGGAGGCAUAAUUUUGGAAAGUCCAAAAAUUUUAUGACUGAAUGACAUUAGUAAACUGUCAAACAUGAAUCAGUGCUACCAACGGACCACCUACGUUGCGUUGUAAUUUCCCUAAUGUAUAUUUUCAACAAUUUUUCUUUAAAUAAAUAAUGUGAAUAAAAGUCAAAAUAGAAAAAAUAGUAUAAGACACUCGUAAUCGAAGACCAUACAAGCAUUCAUAACUGUAAUAAAAAGUCUAGUCAACAUCAUUACGCUAUUUCCAUGGCUAGCAUUUCAUUAGUAUUUGAAAAAAUCUGAUUCAAUAUUAAAAAUGAUUAAAUUACAUCAUAAACUAUUCCACAAUCAAAAAACUAUUUCAUAACCUAUAUUAUGUAUGAAAAUGAACGAUUUCAUAUUACUUUAUUAUUCAAAAUAAUGUUUAGUAAUUUAAUAAAGACAUUUAUGGUAAUAUAUAAACAGAGAAAUAUAAAUACAUGCAAUGAAUGCUUAGUUUGAUAUUAUAACAAAGCAAGAUGGACUUUUUUGAGGUUAAAAUGACAGAACAAGACGAUCCUUUCAUAGACCUAAAAAAUCGUAUAACUUUCUGGAUAUUAAAGAAGCAUUGUUUUAUAUAUUAUGUGAGGAGAUUUUUGAUUAUCGCACACGUGAUAAGCUUAUCACUAUUUUUUUUUCGAUCAGACGGAUUAGCGAGUAUGAUCAAUAUUUUUUUACAAACACCAAUAACUAUCACCUAUUGCUUACCAAUGCUACUGACAACUGAACAUUUUGAUGAAGUAUAUCGUCACGUUUAUUCAAUUAAGAACUGUAAGAACAAAUUAAAAGAUAUAAUUGCAAAAGAAAAUAAAAAUGCCGUUUUCAUCGCAAAUAUUAGUCUGAUAUUCUGGAGCGUUGGUGCAAUAUCAGCUCUUAGCGGUUUUUUUCUAAUUGAUGAUAAUGUUAUACCUUUCAAUAAAUUCGGAAUAUUCGGUAAAAAGUUAGAAUAUUUAGGAGAUUUUAUCAUGAUAUGUUACGUGUUGGGGAUAUCGUGUAAUUUAUCAAUAUUGAUGAACUUAUGGUCCUACUUAGUAUCACAAUAUAAAAUUCAAGUUUUCAUGAUAAUUGGAAGACUUGAAGAACUCAAGGACUUCAAAAAUGGUGAUAUUGAUAAAUUUAAUAAUUAUUAUCAAGAAGUUGUGAGAGUUACUUUGAGGAAGAGUAUUAUUCAGCAUUUACAGAUCAAAAAGUUAUUUAGAAGCUUGGACAUUUUGAUAAAUACCAUUGCGAUUUUUUUAACUCUCGCUGGGUUUUUUAUCCUUAUAUCCUUCCUAUGGAUUUUGAUUAUAGAAGGAUCGGCUGCCAUAUCUAUGCCUCUAACUGGACUCAUAGUCACUAUGACUACUUUGUUUCAAGCUUGUCUACACGGAGAAACUUUAAAAUUGUCCAGCAUGAAGUUGUAUGAAACAUUAUGCGAAACUGACUGGAUACACUGGAACGAAUCGAAUUCAAAGACUCUUUUUAUAAUGAUUCAAGUUUCAGCAACUCCUAUGAAAAUAUCAUUUUUAAGCAUAUCGAAUGUCGAUUUCGACUUGCUAAAAAACUUUUAUAAAUGGAGCUACCCCAUGGUUUCUUUAAUUAUUAGGGGCAAAUGGAACAAAGACGAAUCGUUGGAAAAUAUUAAUAUAUAAAUUAAUAAUAUAAAAUACGAGUAGAUUGAUAGUUACAAGCAGAUUAAAAACACUUUAAACCUAUAAAAUAAUUAAAAAGUUGCACAAA